AUGACCGAUGUCUGCGUGCAGGCUCGUCGUGUUGCUAACAACCAAAGGACUAGAGGCCCAACUCCUGCUGUGCUAACUGGUAGCGGGUUUCACGCCGUAACAACACAAGCCGGUCAAAGCCAUGCGUCAGCCCAGUCCCCAUUGGUCACUUCGCAGUUAACUCAGCCUAUAUCAACUCCUGCAUCAAGUCCGACUCCGGGACUGAGUCCAGGCUCGAACCCGGAUCCAAUUGCUGGCAUGAGCCCGAAUGUGCAGCAUGCACGCGGUCCGCAACAGAUUCUGCCCGUGACAGCAGCUGUCUCCACACUUCCACUGCCAUACUCGCAGUUCACACCAGCCAAAGGACAGAAACGGUCACGCAGAGAAUCGUUUUUCAGACGUCAGAACGAAAAAAGCCUUCCGGCCGAUGCUAGUAUGUACAAUAAGGAAGAAGAGGAGCGGGAUGAAGAUGGGGAGGAGAAAGAAGGAGAGAGACCGGAACAGGUUAGGUAUUGGGAGCAGUCAACUACAGAGUUUAACAAGAUGCCCAACAUGCGAUUCAGCGAAAAAGCGCCUCAACGAGUGUGUCCUGUGGAAGCUGAUGAGGAUGAAUAUGAGGGUGAUGGGGAGGAGGAAGGAGAAGGGGAAGGAGAGGAGGGGGCGGAGGGAGAUGAUGAAGAAGAAGAGGUCGAGGAGGAGGAUGAUAACGAUGCCGUAAGUGGCGGAGAUGAGGGAGAAAGACUGACAAAAGAAGCGAAUGACCAGGAAGAGAGAGCAUCUGAUGACAGUGAAUUGGAGAUUGAAACAGUGACCGAACCGAUCCGGAGACCAGUAGCCGUCUGUCACCUACUCAAUCUUGUUCGCGGUCAAUCGUCGACAGGCUCACAGGAAGCCAGGCUUUCAGACAAACAUGACACAUGCAACACCAGCCUCGACAGGCUUGGCAGUACCUCAACAACACCCUCCAUCUCUACCCCGAUUGGCUUGACCACUGGACUGCUGGCCACUUCACUGUCCAGACUGAUAACUUCGCCUCUGAAGCCUACUGGAGCUGCCUAUUCUAUACCCUUCAGUCUUUCUUCAGUCCUUCCGUCCGCCACACCACCCUCCUUUUCAUUUGCCUCCACGUCCUCGGCUUUCGCAUCGUCCCCCUCUUUGGUUCAUUCCCUUUCCCUAUCCUCUGCCGAUCAUUCUCCUUCAUCCCAUCCUCCGCCACCUUCCUCUUUGUCGCCCUCUUCCUUUUCCUCUUCCUCUCCAACCUCGUCCUCAUCCUCGUCCUCAUCCUCAUCCUCAUCCUCGUCCUCGUCCUCGUCUUCGCCUUCUUCAUCCACCUCCUUUUUUUCCUCCUUCAAGAGAGUAUCAACAGCCAGUUUUGCCUGUGCCCCCUCUGCAACAAGUGGCUCGGACCCGAUCCUCCGGCAGCCUCCUGAAGCCUCGGGAGUGCAUGACCCAGCAUUUGGUUCGGCCAGACAGCUCAUCUGCCCUCCACUGACGGUGCAGGCGUCUGGGAGCAGCAAUCCGUCCUGUGGAGGUGGGCAGCCGAGGUUGUCACUCAACCGUGAAGAGGCAGUCGUCUGG